AUGGAGUACAGCUACAUCACAACUUGCUGGGACAAGCUGUCCCUCUUAGGAGGGAGACGGUGCGUUUCUCUACGUCGGACCAUCGAGCCGGACCGGAGGACACACAGGUCUAUCUUCGGUCUUCACCAGGUUGGCCACCUCUACACCGUGAAGCAUCAAACGGGGGCAGGGGGGCCAGGAAAUGAGGUCUCUGGGCCGGCUGGCAGUUAUUUCUCCCAGCAGCAUAUCAGCUACUGGGCAGCUCAUGCUCCAGACCCUUGGGUGGUUUCCACCCUAACCCAGGGUUACAAGCUUCAAUUCCGACGCCGGACCCCAGCCUUCAGCCGGGUCAAGGUGACCACCAUCGCCAACCCGGCAAAAGCCCUAGCCUUGAGCCAGGAACUAGCCAUGCUCCUGGCCAAAGGCGCAAUCGAGGUGGUGGACCCCCUGGCACAGCCCAGGGGGUUCUACUCAACCUACUUCCUCGUAAGGAAGAAAGACGGCAAACUGCGCCCAGUACUAGAUCUCAGGGGACUCAACAAGUUCCUGAAGGUCUUACCAUUUCAUAUGCUCAGCACAGCAGAGGUCCUUCAUGCCAUCUCCAGAGGAGACUGGUUCAUGUCUGUCGAUGACUAUUUUCAUGUUCCUAUUGUGCCUCAUCACAGACAGUUCCUUCGUUUCGCCUUCCAAGGCCGUUACUUUCAGUUCAGGGUACUUCCAUUCGGACUCUCCCUCUCCCCACGAGUAUUCACAAGGUGUGUUGCUGCCGCGUUCCCCCUGCAAUUACAGGUAAAGAUACUGCCGUACUUGGACGAUUGGCUGAUCUGUGCGCCAUCCCUGUUUCAGGCUGCACAAGACACCGCUCGCCUUCUCUCUCAUGUGGCCCUGUGGGGCCUCAGGAGAUGGCUGAACAGCCUUUGUUUGGAUGACAGGUGCCACAGGCACAGGGUGGUAGAGGUGUUGCAGCAGUGCCUUCUGGCUCUAUCACAAUGGAGGGAGAGGGCAUACCUGUCGGGGGGCGUCCCCAUGGGCGUGGUCCAAUCCCUGCGGGAAGUCAUCCCGACAUGUGCCUCUCAGGCUGGGGUGCACAGGAAAUUCCAGAUUCGCAGAUUCCCUCUCAAGCCCCCAUCGGGGGAGUGGCAGCUUCCUCCAGAGGUGGUGCACAGCAUCUGGGGUCUCUUUGGCAGGGCAAAAGUGGAUCUCUUUGCCUCAGAUGUCAACCCACUGCCCCCACUGGUUCUCCUUGAUGGAGAGGACCAGUCCUCUAGGAGGGACCUCCUAUCGCAGCUACCCGCCUUCGUCUGUGCAGUUGCAGGGCCCGAUCAGCUGCUGAGCGGCUGCACAGAACUAGUCAGGAAGACUAUUCUGAAUGCCAGAGCGCCAUCUACCCGUCUACAAUACGAAUGGGCUCAGCGACUGCGUCCCCCGAGCACCCCAAAGGCUCCUCCAUGGGACCUGUCCGUGGUACUGGACACCCUAUGCUUGCCUCCUUUUGAACCCCUGGCGGAGGCAGAGCUGAGAUGGCUGUCAGCAAAGACCGUUUGCCAUCACUUCGACAUAGCGAGUAGGCGAACUGCACACCCUGUCGAUGAGUGA